AUGCAUUUCCACCUUGGCUUGGGAAAACCCGCUAUAGCUCAUAGAGAUUUAAAAUCAAAAAAUAUACUUGUGAAAUCAAAUGGUACAUGUGCCAUUGGUGACUUAGGUUUGGCAGUUAGACAUGAUAUAAUAACUGAUACCGUCGAUAUUCCAUUAAAUAAUCGUGUUGGAACUAAAAGGUAUAUGGCCCCAGAGGUGCUAGAAGAAACAAUGAAUAUUGAUCAGUUUGACUCUUUCAAAAGGGCAGAUGUUUAUGCCCUAGGACUUAUAUUCUGGGAAAUAUCGAGAAGAUGUAAUGACAGAAAAGGAGGAAAGGAUGACAACAUCCUAUCAGCCGAACGCGCAGUUAGGUUAAGUAUACCGGAAAGAGACAACAGUAUACCCAACCACGUCGUACCUGAAAGAGAAACAAGAUUAACUGCGACCUGCGUCUCCACUCAUAGAACAGAAAGGAAAUGGGACACGACAUUCUAUCAGCAGAGCGCGCAGUUAGGUCGAAUGCACCGGACAGUGACAACAAUGCACCCUUCCUUGUCGUAUUUCGGCGGUUCGGUACGACCUGCGUUUCAACUCAUAGGACAGAAAAAGGGGGAGACAACAUCCUAUAAGCCGAACGCGCAGUUUAGGUCUGGUACACCGGACGGAGACAACAGUGCACCUUUCCUUGUCGUGGUACGGCGGAUAACUGAAAAGACAAGAUAUGAUUAG